AUGAUUUUAAAUUUAUUUUUAAUUAGUUUCGCUUUAGAAAAUAUUGAACCAGGUGUUAUUAAAACACCAUUUAUUGAUCAAUCAAAUGAGAUUAUAGAAGAAGAGAACAACUGUAAAAUAUUUAAAGAUGAGAUUAAAAGAGUAAAAGAAUUGAAAUGUAUUAUUGACAGUAUUAAUCAAUCAAUUGAUAAUGAAGAUAUAAAAAAAGAAUUCGGUAAUGAAUUAAUGAAGUACCCCAUCUUAUUAUUUGAUAUUAAAAAUAAUAUAAGUUUAUGUUUUAAUAUUGUAAAUGAGGUAGUUUUAAACAAUAUUAAAAGCUUUUCUCAAAAAGAUAAACAAAUCGAAAUAAAUAGUGGUAAUUUUAAAACUAUGAAAAAUAUUAUUAUUAAAAUACCAGAAGUAGAUGAAGAAUUAAAGGAAAAAAUAAGAUCUUUAAAUGAAAAUGAUAAAAAGAUUGUUCUUGAACUUGAAAAAUCUGAAAGUGAUAAAUUAAGAAAUGAUGUUUUUGAAUUCAUUAAUACGAUAAAAAGAGAAGCAUGUUUAUUUAUAACUGUCUUGAAAGAAUUUAUCGUAUCAUAUUCUAAGUUAGAAAACUCUUUAUUAAAGAAUUCAAAUUGUUUAGAAAAAUUUAAAAAUCCUUUCAAAUCAGAACUUAAAGAUUGUUUUAUUGUUUUUAGUUUUAAAGAGAAAAUAAGAGAUCUUAAAAAUUUAAUUAAUUAUUGUAGUUUAAUUGAAAAGCAAGAAUUACAUUUUAAUAUAUUUUCGGCUUGUUAUUCUAGUGAAGAUAAAAAAGAAAUUUCUAAUGUAAUUAAUGCAUGUUUUACUGAUAAAUAUCUAUCUGAUUUUAUUAAGGAAUUUGAGGAAAAAUAUUCAGAAUUUUUAAAAUUUCCUAAAAUUAUUGAUGAUGAAACAAAAAAUAAUAUAUCCACCAAUAAAAAUUGUAAAAUUGAAAUUAGGAAAAAGGCACUACAGGCUAAAAUAAUUUUAAUUGAAUUAUAUGAGAUAAUUAUUGAAAUAUUUAAAUCAAUUUGUAUUAAAAAUAAUAUUAAAGAAUUUGGUAAUUUUCUUAAAAGAAAAAUGUCAGAAUUUUCACCAGAAAAUAUUGAAGAAAUGCAAGAUUUCAUUAUUUAA